CUUUACCCGGUGCUGCGGCCCCGGGGCGCGCGUGGCUGCUGGGCGUCCGCAGUAUGCAGGCGGACUGCUGGCAGCCGCGAUGGCGAGCCGGGCGGUGGUGAGAGCCGGGCGCAGCCCGCCGUGUCCCCGAGUCCGGGCCGCAGCCGCCGCCCCCGCCUGGGCCCCGCUCCCCCUCUCCUGCUCCCUCCCUCCCGGUUCCAACUCCUCCUCCUCCAUGCCUCUUUUCCUCCUCCUCUUACUUAUCCUGCUCUUGCUGCUGGAGGACGCUGGAGCCCAGCAAGGUGAUGGAUGUGGACAUACCGUAUUAGGCCCUGAGAGUGGAACCCUUACAUCCAUAAACUACCCACAGACUUAUCCCAAUAGCACUGUUUGUGAAUGGGAGAUUCGUGUAAAGAUAGGAGAAAGAAUUCGCAUCAAAUUUGGUGAUUUUGAUAUUGAAGAUUCUGAUUUUUGUCACUUUAAUUACUUGAGGAUUUAUAACGGAAUUGGUGUCAGCAGAACGGAAAUAGGCAAAUAUUGUGGUCUGGGGUUGCAAAUGAACCAUUCAAUUGAAUCAAAAAGCAAUGAAAUUACAGUGCUGUUCAUGAGUGGAAUUCAUAUUUCUGGACGAGGAUUUUUGGCUUCAUAUUCAGUUAUCGAUAAACAAGAUCUAAUUACUUGUUUGGACACUGCAUCCAAUUUUUUGGAACCUGAAUUCAGUAAGUACUGUCCAGCUGGUUGUCUGCUUCCUUUUGCUGAGAUCUCUGGAACAAUUCCUCAUGGAUAUAGAGACUCCUCGCCAUUGUGCAUGGCUGGUGUGCAUGCAGGAGUGGUGUCAAAUGUGUUAGGUGGCCAAAUCAGUGUUGUAAUUAGUAAAGGCAUCCCAUACUAUGAAAGUUCUUUGGCUAACAACGUCACAUCUGUGGUGGGACACUUAUCUACAAGUCUUUUUACAUUUAAGACAAGUGGUUGUUAUGGAACACUAGGGAUGGAAUCGGGUGUGAUUGCUGAUCCUCAAAUAACAGCAUCAUCUGUACUGGAGUGGACUGACCACACAGGGCAAGAGAAUAGUUGGAAACCUGAGAAGGCCAGGCUGAAAAAGCCUGGCCCUCCUUGGGCUGCUUUUGUCACUGAUGAGUAUCAGUGGUUACAAAUAGAUCUGAAUAAGGAAAAGAAGAUAACAGGCAUUAUAACCACCGGAUCCACUUUGGUGGAACACAAUUACUAUGUGUCUGCCUACAGAAUUAUGUACAGUGACGAUGGGCAGAAAUGGACUGUGUACAGAGAGCCUGGUGUGGAGCAGGAUAAGAUAUUUCAAGGAAACAAAGAUUAUCACCAGGAUGUGCGUAAUAACUUUUUGCCACCAAUUAUUGCACGUUUUAUUAGAGUGAACCCUACUCAAUGGCAGCAGAAAAUUGCCAUGAAAAUGGAACUGCUUGGAUGUCAGUUUAUUCCUAAAGGUCGUCCUCCAAAACUUACUCAGCCUCCACCUCCUCGAAACAGCAAUGACCUUAAAAAUACUACAGCCCCUCCCAGAAUAGCCAAAGGUCGUGCCCCCAAAUUUACUCAACCACUACAACCUCGAAGUAACAAUGAAUUUCCUGCACAGACAGAACAAACAACCACCACUCCUGAUAUCAAAAAUACUACUGUAACUCCACAUGUAACCAAAGAUGUAGCACUGGCUGCGGUUCUUGUCCCUGUGCUAGUCAUGGUCCUCACUACACUUAUCCUCAUAUUAGUGUGCGCUUGGCAUUGGAGAAACAGAAAGAAAAAAACGGAAGGCACCUAUGACUUGCCUUACUGGGACCGGGCAGGUAACUCAGGUUGGUGGAAAGGAAUGAAGCAGUUUCUCCCUGCCAAAUCAGUGGAACAUGAGGAGACCCCUGUGCGCUAUAGCAGUAGUGAGGUGAAUCAUUUGAGUCCAAGAGAAGUCACUACAAUGCUGCAAACUGACUCUGCAGAGUAUGCACAGCCACUUGUGGGAGGAAUUGUUGGUACACUUCAUCAGAGAUCUACUUUUAAACCAGAAGAAGGAAAAGAAGCAGGCUAUGCAGACCUUGAUCCUUACAACUCUCCAGUGCAAGAAGUGUAUCAUGCCUAUGCUGAACCACUGCCAAUUACUGGACCUGAGUACGCAACCCCCAUCAUCAUGGACAUGUCAGGGCACCCCACAGCUUCAGUUGGUCUGCCCUCCACAUCUACUUUCAAAGCUACAGGGAACCAACCUCCUACUUUAGUGGGAACAUAUAAUACACUUCUCUCCAGGACCGACAGCUGCUCCUCAGCCCGAGCCCAGUAUGAUACCCCGAAAGGUGGGAAGCCAGGACCAGCUGUCCCAGAUGAAUUGGUGUACCAGGUGCCCCAGAACACGCAGGAAGUGUCAGGAGCAGACAGGGAUGGGGAGUGUGAUGUUUUUAAAGAAAUCCUUUGAAGGUAAUGCUGCUUUUUACAAAGCAUCAAUUUAAAGCACAUGGCCUUUUUUUUUUUUAAUUAGUUGUAGUAAUAUAUAGAAUGUAUUACAUAUCUGUCACUGAAGUGGUUGGGAAAAUGUGGUGACCGAGGUACAGGAAAUUACUUAUCUCGCUUAAAAGGUGUUGCUGUGGCACAAUUACUGCUUGCCUGAUAAUUUUGAACAUCUGUUUGUUACUACUGUAAAACAUUAUUUUUAAUACAGAAAAAGCUCCCUAUAAUGCACUUCAGAGAAACUGAAAAUCACUGAGAGUAUUUAUUACCAAUGCUGCAGGUACAUUAAUGAACUCAAGAGAUGGUUCUAUAAGCCUGAUUGGCAAUAACGCAUGGUACUGUUCUUGAAAUAUCUAAUGGCUUGAAUUCUCCCUUUGUGAAAGGUGGGUACUCUCAUGCUUUCCUCCUCUUCUGUUCCUAUAUUACUUUCUGUAUUCUUUUUUGAAAAUAAUUAGUGAGAUAAGGUUUGAUUUGACCACAACCAUAUACCCUGGUAUCUUCUUAGGAAGAUCCAUGUUGGAAAAGUGACCGACUUUCCCCUCUUGAUACUUUUAAGAGUUGAAGCAGUUCAUGGACCUGGUCUCAUUCCUGCUUAUUCUUUCUGCCCCAGGGCCCAUCGUGGCUAGCCCCAUUCAUGUGUUUAUAAAAUAUUUUAUUUCAGUAGGUGAUGCUUGCAUUAUCAGUCUCAUGAAUUCAGAUCCUCUGAUGUCUUCAAGUGUACUUCUUAAGGUGGAAACAGAAGAGAAACAAUUUACAAUUUAGAAAAGUCCUAAAGGAGACUCUCCCCUCUUCACUCAGAAGUAAUAUAAACUACCUUCAAAAACUACAACAAAAAGUAACCAGAACUUGUCCUCUUUGGAGAUAUAUACAUAUAAAAAAUAUAUGUGUGUGUAUACACAUACACAUAUAUACACACAUAGGUAUACAUACAUACAAAUUUUUUUAGUGUCUCAUGGUAUUUUAUAAUUUUAGUCAAAUUAAAUAUUUUAUAUAUUCACUUUUCCCCAGAAAAACUAGUAUAAGAAAUAGAAACCCAACAUGUGUUCUUUGAUACUGUGUGAUUGUGUCUUGUCUAUGUGGUAAGAGGUGUCAGUAGUCCUUUGUUGUCAUAGCUACGGAACAGACAUCAUCACAUCCUGCCAAUGAAAUUGUUUUUGAUACCUCCUGGCAACUUCCUUGUUGCCACUUGUUCAUGACCUGCCCAGAACUAGUUUCAGAUGGAGUAAAUUAGAUAUCAUCUGUAAUAUAUUAGCCUAUAUCGCAAAUCCCAUUUUUAAAUCUCUUUAGACUGGCAAGACAGUGUAAGCUCACCAUGAUAAAAAUAUAUGAAUUUGACAUUCCCUUUAUCGUAAACUUUAGUGUGUAGACUAAAUGUUAAAAUGUAUUUUUCCAUCAGGUUCUAGAUAUUUCUGUUGGCUCAUGCCAGCAGAUUAUGAUGUUUGAAUAAAGUUGAACAGUAUUCAUUUUGCUCACUUCCACAAGUGCAUCAGUAUUUUUAAAAAGAUUGCUUCUAAAUGAGAACUGUUUAUUUCUGCAGCUUCUCUGCCUCCUUCUUGUUUAAUUUUGUUGGUUUUGUUUUCAUUUGCUUUUUGUUUUUCAAACUUAGAGGCACAAUUUUCACUCAUUGAAAACUCAGUGCAUAUUUUUAAACAAAAAGCACAGAUGUUGUACUUUUAUUAAACCAUAAGUGAAUUUGUAAAGCACAUGUAUUAAUGCAGUUAUCCCCUUUCAGGUGGGAACAGAGUAAACCAUUUUGUUGUUUAUAUUCAUCCUUAGUACACAGGGAAUAUACUUUUCCUCAAGUCAUAUGCCUGUUUGAAGCUUUAAGAGAGAUGUUUCAAUAACUGUUGCAUUUUCCCAAAGAAACUUGCUAUUUUUGUACAAUUGUGCAACCUGAUCAUUUUCCCUGGAGCUUUUUUUUUAAAAAAAAUCUUUCUUUCAAUGAGAGGCAAAUGUUUUCUGAAAUGAUGCAUAUUUUAAGACUUGAUUCAUAUUGCCACUGUGCUGUUGUCCUUGAACUACCAAUGAUUUUAAUAAAAUACUUUUUACUAUUUUUAUAUAUUUUACUUUCCAGAUGGAUUGCUGAGCCUGAUUCAAAUGGUUUUUCUGGUUUUGUACUUUUAGUUUGUUUUCAUAUUAGAAUUCUUUAUUUCUGGUUUUUAUUACAUUUAUAUGUCUGAUAUAUACAGCUUUGGAGACAAUCAAGUAACAACUAAAAAUGUGAAAGUAACUAUUGUUGUCAAAAUUCCCUUGAAUUUUUUUAUUGAUUGCUUGAAAUAUUUAAGACUUAGUCACUGUGGGUUAUUGGAUUAAAUUUUUUCCUGAUAAUACAAAUAUAGAAAUAGAAUCAGACAGCGAUGUGGCAAGUGUGGCCAUUACUGACUUCAUAAAAUUACACUGACUUGGCUGUUACUUGAUUCUAGGAACCAGCACAGUUAAAGACAUUGUGAAUUAUGAUUUAUAUUUUAUUAAAUGCUGUAAGUCUAAAUCUUGUUGAAUGUGCCAGGUCUAGUCCAGUUAUUUAAGUUCACGUUUCAUUAUUUGCACUUUGUGUUGAACAAUGGGUUUACUCAAUGGUGAAAAUGGUUGAAGUAGAGAAUUUAUGCACAGGUUAAAAUCACAAUGUUAUAUGUACACUUGCCUCUCCUCUUCCCUCUCCCAGAAGGGGAGAGCGGAAUGUGAGAUCAUCCAUCUGAAUGUGGCCUCAGAGCUGUGGAGAGUGAUAAGUCCAGAGCAUCUUUGCCUUGGUUCCAUAUUGUCACCUGGAGAGCUAAAGGGCUAUAGAAACACCAUGUCAGAUGAGGCACCUAGAAAGAACUAGUAUAUUAUGAGGGACAUUGAAAGCUUUUUCAACUCUUAAGAGAACUGAUGAACCUCUGCCUUUAAAAAAAGAAAACAAAAAUUUAUUAGCUCUGCCUUUUGAUUCUGAACUUAAAGUCCCUAAACUGAAAAAUGCAAAUAGGCAUUGGAUGUUAUUAAAAUACUUUUUAAGUCAACUGUGGCACCAGUUCUCAUUUAAUUCAACUUGUGACUAGUUUCUUUUACUUUUUUCUUUUAUUUGGCACUGGGAAUGGUAGAAAUAAAACAUGUAUUGCAAUAUAUAUUGGAAGUAAAAAUGGUUUGGGUGUCAGUUAUAUUCUCCCAGAAUGUACUUUUCUUACCUCGGCAUGUACUGUAGUCACUCAGUAUUUGUAUAUGUUGCUAGAAUAGAUUGUAUAAAUAGUGAGAUUUUAAUGUGUUAAUGUGUUUUUAAUAAAUUGUAUAUUUGUGUCUUGCUCAGA